AUGAAGAUUUUAAUCCAUGCCGGUUGGAAAACUUACCACUCCGGUAAUCCUUUGUCCUUAGCAAAUUCGCAGCGAGGUUUUGUAGCGGUGUUCAGUGUUAGUGUGACUAGCAGGGAGAAGUCGUCGAGAUAUUUGCUCGAACUGACAAUUCAUUUCAUACAGGUUUCUCUAGAAGGCUUAGAGGAACGUUUGCUUUUCUUGAAGGUAUAUUCUUUUCUGGAAGAUGGUAAAGAAAAGUUUUCUGUACUAGUGGAUGCUUGUGAAUUCCUAAGGAUGACAGGUGGAAAGAAAGCGUUAGGUCUCUGGGAAUGGCGAUGGGAUUUUUGUACAAUUUUUGUUGCUUGUGAAGGUGAGUUGUUUUUGUUGGUUUGGGCAAGGCAUGCCGGUAAAGCUAAUUGGUGUCAGAAUCGUGGAUAUUUAAAGCGGGAUGUUUAG